AUGAAGCUAAUUGUUCGUAGCCUCAUUGAUGCAGAAACACAAUAUUUUGUUGCUGAAAGCACGAAAAGUAUGAAUUUAGUUGACCAUACUCAACAUGACCCCGGCGACGGUCUUUGGAUUGGGUGUGGUAGUGUUUCCAAAGCUGGACGCCUUUGUGAGAGAACCAUCGCAGUUUUUCCGACAUGUGGUGAAACCUAUCCCUCUUUCGUCGUAGAUGACUUGUCCAAAGAUGAACGUUUCAACAACCUUCCAUUUGUCACUGGCGCACCCUUUUUGAAACGAUACAUCGGUGUUCCACUCAUCACUAAAAGAGGAAUACCAAUCGGGAGCCUAUUCGUCGUUGACGACAAGCCCGGAAAUGGUCUGAGUGAAUCAAUCAACCGACUUAUGGGCACUAUGGCCAAGACAGUUAUGAGACAUUUCGAACUAGUUCGAGAAGUAGAAGAACAUCGUCGCGGGAUCAAGAUGAGUCGUGGUCUAGCUUCCUUUGUCGAAGGGAGAGCAGGACUUGCAGAGGGAAUUUUAAGUGAAGAAACCAUAUUGGAUUCCAACAGAAGCUGUCAAUUUGGCUCUGACACAGUGAAUUACAAGGAUGCGAAUAGAGAGAUUGAUAGCAAAAAAACAAGCAAGGUCUCAAAGUUUAGCGCUCAGUCAUCAGCGAAUCCAAAAGAUGAUAGAUUAUCAAAUGACUCUACAGCUCCGUUGGAUGUUUCUUCAGAUGAACUUGAAUACAGCCAAACACAAACUAACAUUCUGGAAAGCAAAGCCGUAGAGGUUGAUGCAUCAAUCCGUCACUCUGUGACCAACGCCUGCACGAACACCCCCCCACCGGGUGACGACUCUGAAGAGACCCAGAUUCGAGCCCUGUUCUCCAGAGCAGCCAAUAUAAUUCAAAAAUCAUUUGAGAUAAAGGGGGGGACGGUUUUCUAUGAUGCUCGGAACGGCUUUAGCGAAACGAUAAGCGGUCCUCACGCUGACGUAAACUCAUCUGUACCACGGAAUGACAGGCAGCACAAGUGUGAUUUUACCACUAUUGCCAGUGAACAAAAAACGGUAGGCGAGUGUAAGCCGGGGGACAUACCGAGCUCAAGUAUAUUUACGUCUUGUCUAAAUUCAAUCGAUGAUACCUCUUCUCAAAUGAGUGAAUACUCUACUUAUAUUAAUGUUACUAGAAAUAGACGAGCGGAGAUUUUAGGAUUCUCAACCCAAAACGCAUCUUCCUUAAAAGGCGAUCCUGUACCUGGAUCACAACAGCUCGAAGCGUUCAGAGACAGAGACCUUCACGCCCUCUUGCGUCUAUACCCUCGCGGAAAACUCUGGACGUUUAGCUCCGAUGGGACCGUCAUUCCUGAUGAAACCCUCGGUACUGAAAAUACAAAUUGCAGCGAGCCAAAGUUGGAAACUGAUUCUACCGAAGUCGAUGACAGUUUUCUAUCUCAAUAUUUCCCUGGAGUACAUCAGCUUCUGUUUGACCCCCUUUGGGACGCCGGUCGAACUCGCUGGCUUAGUUGCUGCUUCACUUGGUCAACCGAUCCAAUGAGGGUUCUAUCGAGACAAAAAGAGCUUUCAUUUAUGACUGCUUUUGGUAAUUCAGUCAUGGCUGAGUGGGCGCGUAUCGACACCGAAAUUGCUGAUCAGAAGAAAAGUGACUUUAUCGGUAGUAUUUCUCACGAGCUACGAUCACCGCUGCAUGGAAUACUAGCCAGUACUGAAUUCCUAGAAGAGGUUACCACAGGAUGGGAGAAACAGUUGGUGGAAACCAUCGAAAGCUGUGGCAGAACCUUAUUAGAUACAAUCAAUCACAUCCUCGAUUUCUCGAAGAUAAAUCACUUUGAAAGCAACUGGCGAAAGUCAAAGAGAGUCAAAUCUCGGGCUGGCCGCUCUGUCAGCGUGAAACAAUCUGAACUUCCCAUGCUCAAACUUUUUCAAGACACUGACAUUUCUAUUAUAUGCGAAGAGGUUAUUGACAGCGUUUUUGCUGGAUAUAUCUUUCAAAAUACCACUGCUCAUUCUUUUGAUCAAAUCUCCGAUACGCAAGGGAAAAUGUCAGAUUCUAGGCUAGCAACUGAUGAUUCAGAAAGGCUCGUGAACUGCCAGAAAGACGCAAAUGGUGUCGUUGUCAUUCUUGAUAUUAAUCCACAAGAUUAUCAAGUCACGACCCAGCCUGGAGCUCUACGCCGAUUGAUAAUGAAUCUGCUAGGGAAUUCGCUAAAAUACACUUCGCAAGGUUACGUCAAGGUUGAACUAGAUUGUUCCGAUAUGGAUGAUCUCGUGACAACUGGACCUCUUGGUGCUGCUGAGUCUGUCCCUCAAUCUAUGCUUACUAUAACAGUCACCGAUACAGGUCGGGGUAUUUCACCUGAAUUUCUGCGCAGUAAACUCUUCACACCGUUUACUCAAGAGAAUACUCUAUCAAGCGGUACUGGACUUGGUCUAUCAAUUGUAAGAGCAAUAGUCUCCCUACUGGAAGGAAGAAUCACUAUUGAUAGCGAACUUGGGAAAGGCACAAAAGUCAAAGUUUGUAUCCCUGUCCUCAGGAGAAUGCCACAGAGUACGGCAAUAUCUGUAGAAAACACUAGACCGAUAAUGAACAAGCCUCAAGACGCUAUAGUUGACCUGAGGAGUCGUGUUGUCGGGUUACCUGUAAAAUUCUACGGAUUCGAUUGCGAUGCCACGGAUACGAUUUUAUCCGAGCAACUUCGACUUCUUAAGGCAUCUAUUAGCAACUUUCUUGUUAAUUGGUAUGGCAUGCGGAUUGUGCCUUGGGAAGAGAAAGCCCAGGUUAUCAUUGCAAAUGUUGAAUCUCUGGCCUCAAUUUCUACCAUUGCUUGCCAAGACGUCAGUAUUCAUAGCAGGGAUCCGUCAAUAAUAGCCCUCUGUUCUCGCUCUCCGGCUACUGAUCGAAUGUUUACUCUUCCUGGAACAAAAUGUAAGAUCGGUUACAUCGUGAAGCCAAUUGGCCCGGUAAAAUUGGCAAAAGUUAUUAGUCAAACACUUGGUGGCGCCCCAGUCCUACAAACUCCAGACUUAGGAUCCUCGAUACUAGAUUUGACUGAUCUUAAUCACGUAUUUGAUGAGCUAUCUGUCAGAGCUAGUGACGACGAACUUUGCCAAAGCAUCAUUGGGCCCAUAGACUUUUUAGAAACAUCUAGGCUUAUUGCACCAAAAAAAAAGCCUAGAUCUACUUCAGCGUGCCGCAAGGAUAAUGCUAGAUUACCGAUGCCAGUUGAAAUCUCUAUAAACGCCUCCCAUUUACAUACGGAUAGUCUCCCAGCAAAGCAAACUAUCGCUUCUAGUCCACCUCAUGUUGUUCCGAGGAUCCUUGUAGUCGAUGAUAAUGAGAUAAACUUACAGCUUCUAAGCACCUAUCUAAGACGACGAGCAUAUCCACAAAUCGAUAAUGCGCACAACGGUCUAGAGGCUGUUCAAAAAUGUGAGGCUAUGGCUAAUAGCUAUGAUAUCAUUUUCAUGGAUCUUACCAUGCCGAUUUUGGAUGGUUUUGGUGCCACACGGAAGAUUCGUGCCAUGGAAGAGCUGAGGCGUAUACACGUCGACCAAGGAGAGGGCCCAUCUUCUUCUGAGUCAUCGAACUCCAAGUCCGGCUUCGUAUCGGCCUUUAUAAUUGCGUUCACGGGCAGAAGUUCUAUAGAAGAUCAAAAUGAGGCUUUAAGUUGUGGCAUUGAUUUGUUUAUGACAAAACCUGUCGCGUUUAAAGAGGUGGGCAAGAUUUGCGACAACUGGAUUGCAAACCAAAUGCAAGCCAAUGCCUAA